CGGCGAAAACGAAAGUAGAGACGAAAGGUUAGGUUUUAUUCCACGGUAGAACUUGUAUUUCGUCAAAACGGUGAGAUGCAAGCAUGGCCGCUGAUAAAAAAGGCAACCUAAAUAUAAUUGGAGAUAAUGAUGACAGCAAAGAAACCAAACCAACUGUCCCAGAAGAAGAAAAGGAUAGAGAAAUAGUACUUGAUGGAGAUGAUGCAAGAAUUAUUAAACAUUUUUUUAAUAACGACUUGAUUGAAAUCGGUUACAAAGGUCGUGUUACAAAGGAACCACAAACUGAUGGACCGACAAAGCGUUUGAUUAUCAAAUAUAACGUGAAAAAAGCUGAAUUUGUAGAAACACAUGUGGAUGGCUUGAAGUCAAAAGUAAGAGAAUUAGCUGAGAAAGAAGUUCUUAUUCCAGCUGAUAAGAAGAGUGGUCUGGCUGAUUUUUAUAGAGAAUUUGAAGACAAUCCAGAUGUUUUAGUUCUUCCAGACAUAGCUAGUGACAAAGUAAGGAUUGUUGGACUACAUCAGGACAAAGUAGAUAAGGCAGCCCACAAGCUGAAGCUUAAAACUGGUGUUAUAACUACUACAAGUGGCAGAUUUAAUCGCCAGGUUUCAGACCCUGAUGGCAGCAGUAGUUCCUAUGCAUCAAUAGUUGCAAAUGGAAAAAGUGAGAGACCGUAUUCAAAUAUUGAUCCUUUACUAAAGAAAAACUCUAGCUAUGGUAAUUCGACAAAGGGGUAUAGUAGUAAGUCCACCAAUUUCAACACAUCUGGGUCAUCAACAUGGAGAGGCUCUUCUUCAUAUAGAGCCUCAUCAUUAGAAAAAUUUGAGUUUGAGACCACAUUGGAAGGUGGGCUGGUUUUGAAGGUGUACAAGGCUUCAAUUACACGUCUCAGAGUUGAUGCAAUCGUCAAUGCAGCUAACGAUACUAUGAUGCAUGGAGGCGGAGUGGCCAGAGUGAUUUCAGAAGCGGCAGGAUAUGAUCUAGACAAAGAAAGUAGAGAUUAUGUGGACAGACGAGGUCAAGUAAAGGUCAGUGAGAAUAUAGUAACAACUGCUGGCAAACUACCGUACAGAGGUGUCAUCCAUGCUGUUGGACCAAUAUGGCAUGAUUACGGCAACAAAACUGAUUGUUUACAAGACUUAUAUAACUGCGUUUUUAAAAUUCUAACAAGAUGUGAGCAGCGGAAGUUUAGAACAGUUGGAAUGUCAGCUAUAAGUGCAGGUAUAUUUGCUGUUCCAAAAGAACUUUGUGCUGAUAUGUAUGUAAAGGCUGCUGUUGAUUUUAGUGAGAAGUUAAGUAUUGGUGAAUACGCCUGCCCUGAAGAGCUACACAUUAUUGAUGUGGAUGAAAGCAUCUUACAUCUCGUUAAAGCUUCAGUAGAAAAAUGGCAGAGAAGUCCAUCCUCGAUAAAACUAGAUGUUACACUUGAAAAAUAUUUAAAGGACAAUCCACAUGUUAUAUCAUACCCAGGUUCAAGUAAUAACAGUGGCAACAGGCAUAGGGGACGUAGAAGCAGGGGUCAUGGAACAAAUCAAGGUGGUGACAGUGGGUCAUAUGGCAAAAGCAAUGAAAGUUCCGAUGAUGGAAUGAAAGUAGAUUCAAAAUUCAGCUUGAAUUGUACCUUAAAAAAGACGGAUAGAGAAACCUUUCACUGGGGUGGUGUGGCCCAGGUUUAUGAUUUUGAUAGUCAGAUAAAAGUAAAAGUAUUCAAAGGGGAAAUUGAUAAGGCCAAAAACAUGGAUGCAGUUGUUUGUGGGACAGACAAAUCUCUUCAAGCACGUGGAUACAUCAUGGAGGCUCUGAAAAAGGCAGGAGGGUCUAGAUUUAAAAACAGUAUGCAGAGAAUGGUUGACAAAUACAAGUUUUCAGUAAAAACACUAGAUGUGUUCAAAUGUGAAGCUGGAGAUUUAGGAGUCGAUCAUGUUAUGUUUAUUGUGAUGGAAAGAGUUGUCUAUGCAAAUGAGGGAGAAAUUAUGAAAUACAAAGCAGCAGUAAAGAAAAUUCUAGAGAAAGCACGCGAGUUGAAUCUUAAACAGUUGGUGAUACCAAUGUUUGGAACAGGAGUUAUUCAGUCAAAUAAAAAUAAUUUAAGAAAGUGCUGUGUGGCACUCUUGAAAGGCAUUGAUAGCUUUCUCGAAGAUCGUGGCAAUAAAGCAAAAGUGACAGAUAUUCACCUUGUUAAUAAUAGUCCAGAUGUUUGUGAAAUGUUAGAAGAAGUAUUUGAUACUGGGGCUGGUGUCCAACAAGGUGCUUCAGGAGGUAGCCAAGGUGGUGGUAGUAGAUUUUCUAGUGGUGAUGAUGAGAGAAGGACAGGUAAUGACUUCAAUCAGAGCAAAAGAGAGUCCUCUUCCAGAACAUACAAUGCUGCUGGACUAGUAAAAGGUUCUAAUUCAUACAGAGAAACGGGCCAGUCUGGGUCGAAUCCAAAGUCAGAUUUUUCGAGGUCACAAGAUGGAGGAGAAGAAGAGGUUCAUAGUGGUGGUGAGCGUUCUAGUGGUCUUGGAGGGGGACAGAAUGUGAAUCCAAGAAAGAAUAGUAGAAGAGAUAGAGCUCCGAGUCCACAGAACGCUUCUGCUCAAGCUGAUGGAGAAUCAGAUCAUGAAAAUACUAAUGCCCCUCCACCCAAACCGCCACCUCCAAAGACAGGAAAUCAGGCAGGAAAUCUUAAUAUAAUAGAGGACUAAGAAAACAUUGCUUUUUAAGUCUGCAUUUUUUUAGCUCACCUGUCACAUAGUGACAAGGUGAGCUUUUGUGAUCACCCUUCGUCCGUCGUCCGUCCUUGCGUGCGUCUGUGCGUCAACAAUUCCUUGUCUGCACGAUAGUGGUUUCAUUUAUGAUUUUAUUAUGCCCCCCUUUGAAAAAGGAGGGGUAUAUUGUUUUGCAGAUGUCGGUCGGUCUGUCGGUCGGUCGGUCGGAAUGUAGACCUAUCCGAUUCCGGAUGAUAACUCAAGAACGCUUGGGCCUAGGAUCAUGAAAGUUGAUAGGGAGGUUGGUCAUGACCAGCAGAUGACCCGUAUUGAUUUUGAGGUCAGUAUGUUAAAGGUCAAGGUCACAGUGACCCUGAACAGUAAAACAACUUCCGGAUGAUAACUCAAGAACGCUUAGGCCUAGGAUCACGAAAGUUGAUAGGGAGGUUGGUCAUGACCAGCAGGUGACCCCUAUUGAUUUUGAGGUCAGUAUGUCAAAGGUCAAGGUCACAGUGACCAGGAACAGUAAAAUGGUUUCCAGGCAAUAACUCAAGAACGCUUGGGCCUAGUGUCAGGAAAAUUGAUAGUUAGGUUGGCCAUGACCAGCAGAUGACCCCUAUUGAUUUUGAGAUCAGUAUGUUAAAGGUCAAGGUCACAGUGACCCUGAACAGUAAAACAGUUUCCGGAUGAUAACUCAAGAACGCUUAGGCCUAGGAUCACGAAAGUUGAUAGGGAGGUUGGUCAUGACCAGCAGGUGACCCCUAUUGAUUUUGAGGUCAUUAGGUCAAAGGUCAAGGUCACAUUGGCCAGGAACAGUUAAAUGGUUUCUGAUCUUCUUGUCCAAAACCAUAGGGCCUAGGGCUUUGAUAUUUGGUAUGUAGCAAAAUCUAGUGGUCCUCUACCAAGAUUGUUCAGAUUAUUUCCCUGGGGUCAAAUAUGGCCCCACCCCUAAGGGUCACAUGGUUUAUAUAGCCUUAUAUAGGAAAAAGCUUUGAAAAACCUCUUGUCCAAAACCACAGGGCCUAGGGCUUUGAUAUUUUGUAUAUGACAUCAUCUAGUGAUCCUCUACUGAGAUUAUUCAAAUUAUUCCCCAAGGGUCAAAUAUGGCUCCGCCCUGUGGGUCACAUGGUUUACAUAUACUUAUUUACAGUGUGCAUAUAAUUUCUGUUCCUUGUGCAAUUACUAAAUGCAUCAAGGGGGGCAUUUCGUGUUCGACGAGCUCUUGUUUUAACCAAACUUGCACACAACUUGUAUCACCAUAAGGUCACGGUUCCUUUCUUGAACUGGCCAGAUCCCAUUAUGGGUUCCAGAGUUAUGGCCCCUGAAAGGGCCAAAAUUAGCUAUUUUGACCUUGUCUGCACAAUAGCAGCUUUAUUAUGUCUCCCACCACACAGUGGUGUGGGAGACAUAUUGAUUUACUCCAGUGUGUCUGUGUGUCCGUGUGUCUGUGUGUGUCUGUCACAAAGCUUGUCCGCACUCUUAAGUCGAACAUUUCUCAUCCGAUUUUCACCAAACUUGAACAAAAUGUGUUUGACCAUAAGACCUCGGCCAAGUUCGAUAACUAGCCAAAUCGGUCUAGGCGUCUUUGAGUUAUGGCCCUUGAAUUACCAAAAAUCGGUCUUUUUACUCUUGUCCGCACUCUAAUUCGAAUAUUUCUCAUCCAAUCUUCACCAAACUUUAACAAAAUGUGUUUGACCAUGAGACCUCGGCCAAGUUCGAUAACUAGCCAAAUCGGUCCAGGCAUUUUUGAGUUACGGCCCUUGAAUUAUCGAAAAAUUGACCUUUUUACUCAUGUCCGCACUCUUAAUCAAACAUUUCUCAUCCGAUCUUCACCAAACUUGAACAAAAUGUGUUUGACCAUGAGACCUCGGCCAAGUUCGAUAACUAGCCAAAUCGGUCCAGGCAUUUUGGAGUUACGGCCCUUGAAUUAUCGAAAAAUUGGCCUUUUUACUCUUGUCCGCACUCUUAAUCAAACAUUUCUCAUCCGCUCUUCACCAAACUUGAACAAAAUGUGUUUGACCAUGAGACCUCGGCCAAGUUCGAUAACUAGCCAAAUCGGUCCAGGCAAUUUGGAGUUACGGCCCUUGAAUUAUCGAAAAAUCGGCCUUUUUACUCUUGUCCACACUCUUAGUCGAACAUUUCUCAUCCGAUCUUCACCAAACUUUAACAAAAUGUGUUUGACCAUGAGACCUCGGCCAAGUUCGAUAACUAGCCAAAUCGGUCCAGGCAUUUUAGAGUUACGGCCCUUGAAUUACCGAAAAAAUCCAUCUGUUUACUCUUGUCCGCUCUCUAAGUCGAACAUUUCUCAUCCGAUCUUCACCAAACUUGAACAAAAUGUGUUUGGCCAUAAGACCUUACCCAAGUUCGAUAACUAGCCAAAUCCGCCCAGGCACUUUUGAUUUAUGGCCCUUGAAUUACUGAUUGGAUCCACUCAUCCAGACCAUCUAAUUGGAUCCACUCGUCUAAAACAUCUAGAGAAACUAACAUUUUUCAUAGGGGCAGUUGUGGGAGACAUGCGCUUUUCUCAAAAGCAUCUCUAGUUUAUGAUUUGAUUUUUACCAAACUGGCACACAACUUGUAUCACCACGAGAUCUUGGUUCCUUUCUUGAACUGGCCAGAUUCCAUUAUGGGUUCCAGAGUUAUGGCCCCUUAAAGGGCCAGAAUUAGCUAUUUUGACCUUGUCUGCACAAUAGCAGCUUCAUUUAUGAUUUGAAUUUAACUAAACUUGCACACAACUUGUAUCACCAUAAAGUCUUGGUUCCUUUCUUGAACUGGCGAGAUUCCGUUAUGGGUUCCAGAGUGAUGGCCCCUGAAAGGGCCAAAAUUAGCUAUUUUGACCUUGUCUGCACAAUAGCAGCUUCAUUUAUGAUAUGAAUUUAAUCAAACUUGCACAAAACUUGUGUCACCAUAAGAUCUCAGUUCCUUUCUUGAUCUGGCCAGAUCCCACAAUGGGUUCCAGAGUUAUGGCCCCUGAAAGGGCCAAAAUUAGCUAUUUUGACCUUGUCUGCACAAUAGCAGCUUCAUUUAUGAUUUGAUUUUAACCAAACUUGCACACAACUUGUAUCACCACGUGAUCUUGCUUCCUUUCUUCAAUUGGCCAGAUUCCAUCAUGGGUUCCAGAGUUAUGGCCCCUUAAAGGUCCAAAAUUGGCUAUUUUGGCUUUUGCAGCCAUAUAGAGACUUCAUUUAUGGUUUUAUUUGACACAAACUUCCAAAAUAUCUUCCACAACAAUAAAUCUUGGAUUCCAUGACAAAUCAGAUCCAAUCGUAGGUUCCAGAGUUAUUUUAUAUCUGAUUACCUCCCCUGAUUGUAAUCAAAAUGGAUUUAUAUCAGUAAGUACUUAUAGGACUUAUUUGAAAUUUCAUUAUUGUUAUUAGUUGGACAGAGACAAUCAGGGAAAAUAACUAUGGACUGGUUUUAUGUCACAUUACCUCCCUUUAUUUCAAAUUAAAAUGGGUAUAUCUCCAUAACUAAUGAAGAUACUGAUCUGAAAUUUCAUUUAUGUCAACAGAUUUAUUUGGCAGAUCCUUCUUUUGUUCACUUUCAAUAUUUAUUUUUUUAAUCACUUCCCUUUUACGUUACUAUAAAUAGCUUAUUUUUAGUAACUUUUUUAUUAUUGGCCGUAGGGAAAAACCGAGACCACUUUUUUGUGGUACAGCAUGGAUGGUACCUCCAAUUUUUAGGUGUAUUUUGACAUAUCUAUACCUUGUAAGGAUUUUUUUUCUUUUUGGUUAAAUUUCUUCCCUUUGUUGUUCCUGUCCUUUGGACUUUGAUAUUUUACUGAGGACCUUCUUGUCCUCAAGUGCAAUGAUAACAGGUGAGCGAUAUAGGGCCAUCAUGGCCCUCUUGUUCUGUGAUACUUCGAAGAGUAAUGAAAUUUCAAUCUUGUCUGAAAAAAAAGAACAGAUAGUAAAGCACUGGUGCUUUCAACUUGCUUUUAAUAUUUUUUUAUUUAUUUAGAACAUGCAUAUAUAAAUAGAGUGGCUCUUUAGGCAUGUAUUAUACAGACUUUAUAAAUUCCAUGUACAUGUACAUUGAUUUCUUUCUGGUUUUCCAAUUGUUAGUAAACAAAGAACAGAUUUUAAACAACAAAAUAGAUAAUACAUAGGAGUCGCAAAAGAUUUUAAGUUACUCGGGUUAAGAAGGAAGGCAUACAUUUUAGAUUGUAUGUAAGAGCUUUCUAAAGCAUGAAAUUAUAUCUAAAGUUAUUAAUUCAAAUUGACAAUAGAUACGUCAGAGACAGGUCUCUUUAAACUCCUCACACUACAUAGAUUACCUGUGCCCAUUUCAGACAAUUGACCUAAUUGGUUAAACCUGUGAUGGGCAUUACCAUAACUUCAUUACAUUUUUUUUUUUACACAAAGGUAUAAUCUUUGGUACAUUAUGUUAGAUACUUCUGCACCUUUUAGCCAGUUUGUAAACCUUCCUCACCCCCAUUCCCCACACUGAAAAUAUGAAUCAUUUAUAUAUUUGUAUUACUUGUUUAAAGGCACAUGUAUCCAGAUGUGCUUCAUACUUUCAGUUCUGUCAAACUUUAGAAAGUCUUGGUGAAACUAUUUGUACAUUAUUAUACCCCCACAAAACGAAGUUUGAGGCAGGUAUAUAGGAGUGAGCUUGGCGGGCGGUCGGUCUGUUGGUGUUGCAUGGUUUCCGGAUGAUAACUCAAGAAAGGCUUGACCAAUUUAAAUAAUUUUUGGUACACAGGUGUAACAUCAGAAAAUACAGGUCAAGUUUGAAUUUGGGGUCAGUAGGUCAAAGGUCAAGGUCACAGUGACCCUGAACAGUUAAACGGUUUCCGGAUGAUAACUUGAGAACAGUUGGGCGUAGGAUCAUAAAUUUUGGUACACAGGUGUAACAUCAUGAAAUGCAGGUCAAGUUCGACUUUGAGGUCUGUAGGUCAAAGGUCAAGGACACAGGGACUCGGAACAGUUAAACGGUUUCCAGAUGAUAACUUGAGAGCGCUUGGACCUAGGGUCAUAAAUUUUGGUACAUGGGUGUAACAUCAUGAAAUGCAGGUCAAGCUUGACUUUGAGGUCUGUAGGUCAAAGGUCAAGGUCACAGGGACUCGGAACAGUUAAACGGUUUCCGUAUGAUAAUUUGAGAAUGCUUUGGCCUAGGAUCAUGAGAAUUGAUAGGGAGGUUGGUUAUGACUAGCAGAUGACCCCUAUUGAUUUUGAGGUAAGUAGGUCACAGGUCAAGGUCACAGUGACCCGGAACAUUUAAACAGUUUUCGGACAAUAACUUGAGAAUGCUUGGGGCUAGGAUCAGGAAACUUAAUCUGGAGGUUGGUCAUGUCAAGCAGAUGACCCAUAUUGAUUUUGAGUUCCAAAGGUCAAAGGUCAUUAAACCUUUUACGGACAAUAACUUGAGACACUCAGGCGGAGGAUCAUGAAACUUCAUAGGGAGGUUGAUCAUGACUAGCAGAUGACCUCUAUUGAUUUUGUGGUCAGUAGGUCAAAGGUCAAGCAAGUUUGGCUUUGACAUUGGCUUAGUUCUGUGACAAGGCCAUAUUGUGGGGGUAUAAUUCGUCACUCCUGUGACAACUCUAGUUGUUUCAAUUCUUUCAGACUUUCGAAUGUCUUGUUGAAACUAUUGGUACAUAAUUGUUUCAAUUCUUUCAAACUUUAGAAAGUCUUUUGUUGAAACUAUUAGUACAUUAUUGUUUCAAUUCUUUCAAACUUUAGAAAGUCUUUUGUUGAAACUAUUAGUGCAUUAUUGUUUCAGUUCUUUUCAAACUUUAGAAAGUCUUUUGUUGGUGGGCUGGAGGUCUAGUGGUAACACGCUUGACUGUCAGUCCAGAGGUCCGGGGUUCAAAUCCCAGUCAAGGCACUGGAAAUUUCUGAGAUGCUCUUGAGUGUCUCCCACCUAACUAAGAGGCCUGUACUGGUUCUUUCCAGGAAAGACGGCUUCACAUGUAUCGGUGCUAUACACCGGGCACGUUAAAGAACCAGACUGUCUUUUCGCAAAGAGCUAGGCUAAGUUAGUUGGACAUGCCUGUAUCUAAAAAGGAUUUCUCUCUAUCUGUUCUGGGGGCUUUAUCUCACUCUGUCCCUCUGGUCAGAUCCGUCUGUGUCUGUACUAGUAGAGGUAAGAAUUUUGCAUCCUGUGUGGCUGCAUUUGCUAUAUGUAAAGUGCCUUUGAAGGUGUUUAUCUUUAAAAGGGCACUAUAUAAAUCUGGUAUAAUAUAAUAUAUAUUUUGUUAAAACUAUUAGUACAUUAUUGUUUCAAUUCUUUCAAACUUUAGAAAGUCUUUUGUUGAAACUAUUAGUACAGCUAUUGCAUUCCAGUUCUUAUGAAAUGUAUUGAACUUAAGGGCAAAAUACCUCACAGGUAACACUGUUUGAUUAGUCAGGUUUGUUUAAUCAGUUGUCACAAUGUGCUUACAAAAAGGAUGUAUUGUGACACAAUGUCAAAAUGUUUUCUUGUUUCCAAUAACUUCCAUUAGUUGUCAGAUUUGUUUUUCCAGUGAUUUAUAACUUCAAACAUAAGCAAACUAUGAUUUUAGCAUCUACAUACUUUAAAUGCACCCAUAUAUUUCAUUCCCAAGUGGAAAAUACUAAUCCAGUUCCUUAAAUAAUAACUGGAACCCUCUAAAUUACUUUGCUUUAAUACUGUUUAUAUGUCUAGUUUAUGAAAGAAUUAUAUGAUUUGAAAACUUCUGCAUAAAUCUGGAGGCAUGCUUCUUUAAAUACAACAAAAAUGUAAUUAGACUGAUGUAAUGAUAGUAUAGAAAUUACCAUAUCUCUAUAAUACAUAUCGCUCAGCUAUUUAUAUUAAAUUAAUAUAUUGAUUCAAGUUAUUUGCAUUUUAUGGAGAUUCUUGUUAUUAUUGAAAAAAUGUUAUGUUUAUUGAAUUUACUGGGCAGCCAGGUGGUAUUUGCAACGCUUUUGAAAUAAUGCAGAAAUGUUACAGUUUUCUUGCAUUUUUAGCAAUAUCUAACUUUUAUUUUACAUACUUUAUCAUUAGUGUUAUAUAUACAUUCUGUGCAAAACUUGGCGGAAAAAAAAAUAUUUUGAAAUUUUUUACCCAAGCAGGGCAGGUAGCAUUAAUUAAUAUACAGUUAUGUAUAUAUUGUUCCAAAUGUGGCCUUCUGUGUUUAAAAAAUACAGUAUCUUAUAAAUUAUGUACAUGUACAGUCAGAAGUGAAAAAUCUAUUUUAAAACAAAUUGACAGCUAACAGUUACUUUAAAUUCUUACAGGAUUGUCUUAAAUAAAGUUUAUGAGAUUUUAGAUAUUCCUAUCUUUUGUUUUUUUUUUUAUCUUGGAAUGUUUUUAGAAUGACUUUUAUUUUAGUUUAAGAGAAAAGGAUAAAUUUACAUAUGUUUUUUUUCACAAGAGAUGUAUUUUCCGACAGUGGAGUGAGCAGUGAUUUCCCCUGUUUGGUUAAUGUUAGUUUGUUUAUGUAUUUUUGCAACUGUGGAUCAGUUUAUAUGACUAACAAUGCUUUAAUCAUCACGACAGUAUUGUGUUGAUGUCACGUUGAUGUGAUGUUAAG